AAAGAAUAGGUACAUGUUGAUCAGCGAUAUGCAUUGCAGAGCAGUGCUCGCGCUCGAAUAGAGUAAUCCACGAAAGAAAUCAAAACCCCCGCGAUCGCUCCUUUGAAUUUCGUUUAUUUACGCAUAAUCUAAAUAGCAUCCCUGCACACAGUCCCCCCCGCGUGCAAUCCGCUGAUGACUGAGCAUGAGGGUUUCUCCAAAGCCCCCCCUUGACAUUCUGCUAUAAAUGGACUUGUUAUUCCCCACAAUCUUUCCCCACAAUUCAUCUCGUAGCGACCUUUCUUUUUGUCUAGCAAUAACCAGUUUUUGAUUCUUCCACAAUCGCUUCUUGAAGAAACAACUGUCAUCAUGAGCUAUGCGUGCGAUUCAUGUUCUAUGGGAGUCACCAACCUUCAUUGCGGAAAAUGCGGGAAGGGAUUGGUUAUGGACACCAUUGUGGAUGGUGGAGAGACAAUUGCGGUUUCACGCUGUCCUGGCGGCUGCGGUAUGAUCAAAUCUCCCACCUGCUGUGGCAAGGACAUGAAAAAAACGUCCGAGAAAGUCAGUGGCACUGAAGCUGCCACCAGCAAGAUCAACUACAGCUGUGGUAAAUGUGGUAUGAGCGUCAAGGAUAUGCAAUGCAACAAGUGUGGCAAGGGCCUCCAAGGAGACACUGUUGACGUUGAAGGCAGCAAGGUUGGAGUUUCUAAAUGUCCGCAGGGAUGUGGUAUGAUCAAAUCUCCAAUGUGCUGUGGGAUGGACAUGGUGACUGUCAAGGCUUGAUGAACGACAUCAUCAUCACCGAAAUUGCCAGCUGAUGGCACAGAGGCAUAGCGUAAUAACUCUGUAAAACUACAUGAAAUGUAAAUCCAGGAUGAAGAAGCAAGCAGCUUUAAUCUCAAUGUCCCCCGUAUCUCCCAA